AUGGACACAACUUGCGUUGCCAGUCGUCCUCUCACGUCCGUUGUAGAGGAGGGAAGAUGGCUCGGAGUCAUUCUGAGAUAUGCUCAGUCGAUUUUGCUCGAAACACCUCAACUCCCAAAGACUGUUAGACGGGCGGAUAAUGCCAUCCGUGCCAUUCCUAGACCGCUAGGAACAAUCAUCUCGUGUGUGGUACAGUACCCCCAAGGACAAGUUUUUGUUUCCUCUCCUCAACACCGAAGUGUCUUGGAGGGCGUUUUGAGAAGCGAACAAAGAACAUCCACAAAAACCGCUUCCUUCUCCCGGGAGGGAGGUGACGAAACAUAA